UAACUUGCCCCCAGGCUGGCCUCUAACUUGUGAUCCUCCUUCCUCAGCCUCUGAAGUUGUUGGAAUUACAGCUGUGCUCCACUGCAUCCAGCUCAUGAGUUUCAUUUUGAGAUGAUCCAGGGACCUGUCCUGAUAUGGCUGAAAAGUGUGGAUCUAAUAGGGAUGGUUAUAAAUGGUUGUGGGAGGAAAUAGUCUGCAAAACCUUUCCAGGCUAUUUUGAUAGUUGUCCAUGUUCUCCUACCUUCCAGAGCCUGGUCUAGGAGCAGGGAAUGAAGAUUCUUGGGGGAGGGGUCCAGAAUUCAGCUCCCCAGUUAAUGGCUGAUGGAAUUUGCACAAGAACUGGGCAAAGGUGAAAGGGCCGCGUCCAGCCCAAAACCCUCAUCCCUUUGCUCCGCUUCAUUGAAACCCCCACCCCCUCCCCACUUCUGGCAACUAACCUCACCCAAACUCCUACCUCUUACUCUGUACUUAACUCUGGCUCAGGGCAGCAUGAGCCGAUCACACCUUCAUCCCAUUCCACUCCACUCUGUGGGCUCCCAGGAUGCCCCAGUUUCCCUACCACGGCCACUGGCUGUUCCCCAGAAUUCCUCUUCCCACACUUGGGCCUCUCCAUGUGGGCCUCCCACCUGGGGCCUCAGCUGUCUUCUGGCUCUGCAGGUAGGAAGUAGAGGUACAGAAGUUGGUGCUAGCUGAAGGGGGUGCUUGGGGAGAAUCAUGUGGCAUGAAAGCCCUCUAGAAAUAGGAAUUUCGAAGACUGUCCCUCCCCAUUCCUCCACCUGCAGCAUUUCCUGGUCCUGGCUUCUCUGCUCUGUGCCUCCCACCUGCUCCUGCUUCAUAGUCUUCCCCCAGGAGGACUCUCUUACCCCCCUGCUCAGCUCCUGGCCUCCAGUUUCUUUUCAUGUGGUGUGUCUACAGUCCUACAAACUGGGAUGGGCAGCAGGCUGCCUCUUGUCCAGGCUCCAUCCUUAGAGUUCCUUAUCCCUGCUCUGGUGCUGACCAGCCAGAAGCUACCUCUGGCCAUCCAGACACCUGGAAAUAGCUCCGUUGUGUUGCACCUGUGUAGGAGGCCUGGCUGCCACAGCCUGGAGCUCUGGAACACUUCUCUUCGAGAGGUUUCAGGGGCAGUGGUGGUAUCUGGGCUGCUGCAAGGCAUGCUGGGGCUGCUAGGGGCCCCUGGACGCCUGUUCCUACACUGUGGGCCCCUGGUGCUGGCCCCCAGCCUGGUUGUGGCAGGGCUCUCUGCCCACAGGGAGGUGGCCCAAUUCUGCUCUGCUCACUGGGGCCUGGCCUUGCUGCUUAUCCUGCUCAUGGUGGUCUGUUCUCAGCACCUGGGCUCCUUCCAGGUACCCCCAUGUCCCUGGAGGCCAACUUCAACCUUUUCAACUCAUAUUCAUGUCCCUGCCUUUCGGUUCCUCUCGGUGCUGAUCCCUGUGGCCUGUGUAUGGGUCAUUUCUGCCCUCCUGGGUCUCAGCAUCAUCCCCCUGCAGCUGUCUGCCCCCACCCAGGCACCAUGGUUUUGGCUGCCUCACCCAGGAGAAUGGGACUGGCCCUUGUUGACACCCAGGGCUCUGACUGCAGGCAUCUCUAUGGCCCUGGCAGCCUCCACCAGUUCCCUGGGCUGCUAUGCUCUGUGUGGCCAGCUGCUGCACUUGCCUCCUCCACCUCCACAUGCUUGCAAUCGAGGGCUGAGCCUGGAGGGGCUGGGCAGUGUGCUGGCUGGGCUGCUGGGGAGCCCCAUGGGCACAGCAUCCAGCUUCCCUAAUGUGGGCACAGUGAGUCUUUUCCAGGCUGGAUCUCAGAGAGUGACCCACAUAGUGGGGCUGCUCUGCAUGGGGCUUGGGCUCUCCCCUAGGCUGGCUCAGUUCCUCACUACAAUCCCGCUGCCUGUGCUUGGUGGGGUACUAGGGGUGACCCAGGCUGUGGUUCUGUCUGCUGGAUUCUCCAGUUUCCACCUAGCUGACAUUGACUCUGGACGGAAUGUCUUCAUUGUGGGCUUUUCCAUCUUUAUGGCCCUGUUGCUGCCAAGAUGGCUUCGGGAAGCCCCAGUCCCACUUAACACAGGCUGGAGCCCCUUGGAUGUGUUACUGUGCUCUCUGCUGGCAGAGCCCAUCUUUCUGGCUGGACUCUUGGGCUUUCUUCUGGAGAACACUAUUUCUGGUACAAGGCUUGAGCGGGGCCUCAGUCAGGGGCUGCUAUCUUCUUUUGUUGCCCAAGAGACUCAAAUAUCUCAGAAGUCCAGGGAGAAGGCUGCUCAAGAAUAUGGGCUUCCUUUCCCCAUUCAAGACAUGUGUCCCUGCAUUCCCCAGCCCCUUCAUUUCCUCUGUCCAAUGCCUGAAGACCUUGGGGAUGAGGAAGGAGCGCCAUCUGAGCCAGGAGAGACCGCAGACUUGUUGCCUGGCUGUGGGGAGUCAUGCCCUGCAUCUAGCAGAGAAGGAUUUAGGUCAAAGUAAUUAUCAAGACUCCUCUUUCUGCUUUCAUUGAGAAUCAGCUCCCAGGCUCAGAGGGACUGUGUAUGUGUCAUGGGCCCACCUAGAGGUCUCAUUUCCCAGUAGGAUGGGUUGCCUUUUCUUCUCUUAAUUAGGCCUAUUAUAGAGCAGGGGCCAUGAUUUAGUGGAUCAUGAUGAAUGAAUGAGAUUUUUCCUAUAAACUAUUAAUGUCAUCUGAACCCUAGCAUUCACUUAAUAAAUAUUAAUGCUUCUCAUGUGCUAGGUUCUGAAACUAAAAUAUGAAUAUGAUGGGGUCCUUGUCCUCUCCGGGUAUUUAAGGUUUAAAAAGAUAUAUGUAAUUUCUUAUUAAAAUGCAAAGCAGAAGGCAA